GGGAAGAAAAGUAUUAUUUCCGAAAAUAUUGAAUCACCCCACAAUUUUACAGGCACAUGGCUAAUUUAAUAAGUUACUUCCACAAUGCCAGGUGAAUUGAAGCGAGCGUCAAUGACGACGAGUGGCAUUUGAGGCGAUGGCACUAUUUGAUAAGCUAUUUUCAACAAAGAGAAAACUCGACGGUGGUAGUCGCGAAUCACGAGACCGCGGCAGGUCUCACAGAAUAACCCCAGAGCAGGUCCGUUUACUGUUAUUCAAGGAGUGUGACUGGAGAGGCAGGAAACUCCUGUUCGACUCGGCAACCAUAGAGAAAGUGCCCGUCAGUAAGAAUGACAAGCCAUCAGUUAAACAACCCAUUCAAGUGCCAUACGUUGUUGAGGUGUCAAAUGGAUAUUCAUACUUGUACAAAGGGCCGGCGGAGGACGCGAGUGCCCUCGGUGAGAUGAUAUUCGGCGCCGUCGCCAUCAACUACAAGAGCGUUUCUCUCAAGAUACACAUCAUGGAUGAGCCUAGAAGACUAUUGUGCACGAAGCUAUUCUGCGUGCCGGCGGGCCGCGUGACCCGCGAGAGACCCGGCGCCCGGGACGGCGCCCGGGAUGGCAGCAGGGACGGUGGCCGGGACGGGUCCGGGGCGCAGGUGGUGCCCAGCCGGGACGAGCUGUCGUUGAGCUUCUCAUUUGAUCGGGGGGAUUCUGGUUUCUACGGGGAGCACUCUCUGCACAGCAGCGUCAGUUCCACGGGGGAUUUUUUCUCCAUGUUCGACAACUACGACCCCAACUGCUCGCAGGACGACUUCUACACUUUUCAUUCCCCCCCCGGCCGCAAGCUAAGCACCUCGAGCACGGGCAGCCGGCAGCGGCGCGCGUCCCGCCGGCUCUCCACCAGGUUCGAGCUGAGCUCCCGCCCGAGCCUCGCGUCCGGCGCCCACCUGCUGAGCGUGCCCACUGCUAAUAGCUGCGAUUCACAGGGCUACAGCAACAGCUCCACGAGCGGCACGAGCGACAGCCUGCACAGUGGCUCGUCGGCCGGCGCAAGGAGGAACAAGCUCGGCCUGGCACUGCUCGUCACCGUCACCGACAGUGAGGACAUGGACGUGAUCCGUAAAUGCGUGGAGCACUCGCCCCAACUGCAAGCGCUGGUGUGUCGCCUCCGCCUCGCCACCAUCGCCGCGGGGGCUGAGGGCAGCUUCGUUGGCACUCUGCACCAGGCUGCUACUGACGCUGCUACCUGGUUAUCAGACCUACUCUACGGCCCCCGCCUGCAGCCGAUGUGGCUCGGCGUGGUCUCCGCGGGCCGUACCAGCAGCAAGCUCGCCGAAUCGCUACUGUCAGACCUGUGCGCUGUGCUGAGCGCGGCAGAUACUAAGCAUACUAACUUUUUCAUUAGCACCCUGCUAACGCACGUGUUAACCUACCACCUGGGCUGGGUCACCACGGUCAGCCCCUACGACGUGUUAGAUCCUCAGAAGUCCUCGGCAGAGGAACCAACCCGCCCCUACAACGCUCUCUGGGCCCAACUUAACGACCUGUGUGGAAGCAUAGGCUUCCCCCCACGAGCCGCCAAAACCAUCAUCAGUGGCUCAAAAAACCCACAACUGGUCAACAGACUACUUCUAGUGCUAACGUAUUUCGUACGCUGCGGCGAAGUCACAAGAAACGAAUUUGAAUACCAAAAGUGCACCCCCGAACAGACCAAAGUCAUCAGUGUUAAUGAAAGUGUUAGUUUGAAACGGACGAAAAAACUUGAGGUGCCGGCGGUCAGUGUUAAUACUCAAGACUGUGAUUCCAGUGUGACGGUAGUGUCUAGUGAGAACGUAAAGAGGUCAGUGACGCUCGCCAACUUGUGUGAGACGCUCUCUAGUGGUGAAUUUAAGGACAGUUUAGACGAGCCGAUGACGAGCCAGCUUCGACGGAGUCCCACUGUUGGCUUCGUGAAAUCCAACUCCAGUUCUAGCGUGAACUCUUCCGAAGAAGAUGAGGAGAAGAAAGUUCUGUUCGUGCUAGGUGACGAUGAGAAGCUAGUUGGGUUGAAGAACAAGUCGAACGGUGGGAAGAGUGUGAAGAAGUCGUCAAAGGCGCAAGAGUUGAGUGCGAAAGAGAAAGAAGUUACCAAAGAAAACUGUGAUGUGGAGAAGUGUUCGCGCAACACUGAAAGUCCCUCAAAGUGCUGCGCGCAAACCCUGCAACAUUCCAAGCCUAUCAAACAUUCCGGUUUCAAGUUCGAGUUCGAUAAGUACCCCCAAAUAGUCACUAAUUAUAUGAAGAGCAAAAACUUGGAGCUACUAGACAGACACUACAUCGGCAAGCCGGGGAAUCUGAAGUUGGAUAACUUCCAGUUUGACCCGACAGUAGUGCCCCCUAUACAAGAAGAAAGAUGCGAAAUCUGCUAUAAAUGUCAGCUGAUGGAGUCUACACUUCAAACGCCUACCAACGCUUCUGAGUUGGAGUUUAUGAACGACAUGCCGAGACUCUCAGAGCCGCAAUACGCUAAAGAAACCACAGUCAAAGACCAAGAUGACCUCCCGCAAGUAUCGCCCAAAACGUUCGUUCGCAAACAGAAGAGAAACACUCUAGUGGUCAACCUGUCCGAAUGCCCUGAAGACCCGAUAAAGCCGAGCAUUUCUUUCCAAAUCGAGGAAGUUAAGAAGGCAGAGAUAGCAAAUGAGCCUGUUGAGUUGGAAAAGAAGGAAAAGGAGAUAGAUAAACAGGAGGGAAGGAAAGAGACGGGUAGCGAGGUGAAGCAAGUGAUAGAGUUUCCGAUUUCGUCCACUACAGGGCGCGGCGGCGCGCGCUCGGGCUUCGAUGCUAGUCUACUGGGUGGAGUCACCGACCAUUAUGUACCUGAUUUAGUAUUACAAGGAACUCAAGCUCCGUUCAGCAGUUGGGAGUCAGAGCUGAAGAGGGACCUCGAUCUCACGUCGUAUCUGAACAAGACCCUCGAAGCGCCCAUACAGGCCAUCGCCAUUAUUGGGGAUACUAACACUUGGGAGGUCCGCGUGGUGGGUCGCGGCGGCGGCGGCGGCAUGUCGGCGCUGGUGGGCGGCAUGCUGGACGCGCUGCCGCACAUGUGGCGCGCCCGGGUGCCGGCGCACCAGUGCCUCUCCUUCCUAGAAGCGAAACUGCGUGAGUUCUGCGUCUUAUCCAAGACCUUGGCCGACGUACUCAUGUCUAAAGACUUCUGUGACAUCGCGACGCUGACCAAGUCUCUCAAUAUCGACAUCAACGACGUCCCACUUCUGAUGGCAGUAGCAACUACCCACACGCCGUCAGUCGCAAGAAGAUACGGCAUCAGUUAUAGAUAGACGUGUCGUAAGGGUCUGUUCACACAUACCGGCUUGGAUAACAGCAGAUUUACAUCACGUUGGAAGUAGAACGUUGAAUCAUUGCCACAGGGCUCUAGUAUGCAAAACUUAAAGCUUGCCUCUGUAACUGUCGUGGCUUUAAAAAUCUAUUGUUCAAAAGUAAAGCAUAUCCUGUAUACAUUUGUGUAUUGUUGUGAUGAAAUUAAGAUAUUUUACGAAGGCAUGUUGUGUAUUGUGUACCUUAUUCAAUUAUCACUACGAGAUAUCAAAUGUAGAACGUUUAAAUACUAUAAAAUAUAUUUGAUUUCUACUAAGUUAACGUUAAAUAACACUUAUAAUACCUAAUACAUACAAAUAUCACAAGUUAUUAAAAGUUAACUUACAAUAAAGUUAAUUUAUCAUGAUGAUUGAAUAUGAGAUAUAAUUUAUGAAUGAGGUUUUAUUUAUGUUUACCUUACGGAUGUUAUGUGAUAACUAAGUGCAAUCUGAGAUGAAAUAUAUAGAUUUGGGGACGGCCAUAUCUGCCGAAGAACCUAUAACCGUUACAUCGGGCAUGUGAAUGAUUGUUAAUCUAUAGUAUAGUAUUGUUCUAAUGGUACAAGCCUUUUACAAUGAUCUUGGCUUUACUAUAACUCUAACCAAAUCGAUAUAAUGUCUAAAUACUCAUUGAGUUUUGUAAAUAUUACUUAAUUUGUAUAUUUUGUUUUUUAUAAACACGUUUAGCCAUAAUAAUACGUACCUACCCAUAUAUUUAUUGUUAUUAAUAAAACAUAUUUUUUAUAUUUUAAAAGUUUAAGGCAACGUUCAAAACGCUGCCCUUUAGUUGUGAUGUAUCUUUAAUUUUGAUUUAAUGUUAAUUAAAUGGAAAUUGUAAGUACAAUUUUAUUUUAUACUUAAUAAUAUUUUUUUCACAUUGA